CUUUUCUUAUCACGUUCUUUCCUCAGCUGGGGUAAAUGGUCAGAUAUCAAAUGGUGCUCAAGUGGAUUUCUGACAUCUUUUCAGCUGAGAGUGGAACCCUACCAAGGGACCUGGGACGACACGGCCGCAAACAAUAUCAGGUUUAACUGCAGUGGAAAUGCAGAAAUGCUGCAGGGAUCUGGGAUGUCAUGGGGCGAAUGGGGCGACUGGAGUGAAAAGUGUGGAGGAAAGGGAAUCUGUGGCAUCGAGACGAUGGUUGAGCAGCCGCAGGGAGUCGGAGACGACACGGCCCUCAAUGAUGUGCGCAUGUACUGCUGUGAUUAA